AGGAGACAGAGAGAGAGAGAGGGAGGGACGGAGGUAGAGUGCUGGAUAGGGAGUACCACAGAGGCGGUUUACCCUCUUUUAAAAGCUCAGAAAAAGUAGCGCAGCUGCUCCAGCAGGUUCGCAACAGGGGGAAGCUGAGGGGAUCACAGGUCCCUGUGACUCUGUUUGCUCUUGUCCUGUGGACAAGAAAAAAAAACUGAAAAGAAGUGAAAACCGGACCGAGUGAUGAGACUGCAGUAUUUGCUGUUGGAUUCCAAGUGAUGAAUUACAUGUGACAACUUCUCAUCAAGAGAAACAAAUUCUAGUGUCAGAUACCGUAAUGAUAAUAUUUCCAACUGCUGACAUUCAUCGUCCAAAGUGAGGAAAAGAUGGAGGAUCCUUUUUUAACCUACUGGAAGCAAGCACACUGUGCUCAUGGCAUCUGAGUCACAAAGACGGAGGACCUUCACCCUUUGAAGAACUCUACGGAAACAUCAAGUGCGGACUCAACAUACAGGGAUGAUAACAAAUGCCGGAACUGAAUGUGAAGGAGUGAGGUACAAGGGGACUCUGCUCCGACGGUGACUUAACUCGACUUCCACAGGGACGUUGAUGUCCACACGCCGGUGGAAUUCGCUGAUUGAGUCGGGACAUCACAGGGGACGUGGGGGAGUCCUGAUCUUGAACAGGGGUGACCGUACGUCCUGUCUGAUAUAUUACAGUAGACACAACCCCCCCCAGACAGGACGGAACCACCAGCGCUGGCUGGCAUGAGCGGUGCAGUGUGAGGUAGAGGUGAGGUGGAGAGCGUAUUGGGGGAGAGAGAGGAGAGAGGGAAAGGCAGGCGGAGGGGGAGAGAGAGAUAAGGAGAGAGAGAGGAGAGGAGAGAGGGAGAGGCAGGCGGAGGAGGAGAGAUGUCGCUGAGCGAGAGGGGGAGCAUCCCCCAGGAGGGGACGCUGGCGAGCACGGAACGCCGGAACACUCGGGUGAAGAGGGCCGUCCGCAUCUCCAGCAUAGUUGCCCAGGAGGUCCUCUCGUUGGGCGCCGAUGUGCUGCCCGAGUACAAGCUGCAGGCGCCGCGGGUCCACAAAUGGACCAUCCUGCACUACAGCCCCUUCAAGGCGGUGUGGGACUGGGUCAUCCUCCUGCUGGUCAUCUACACGGCCAUCUUCACGCCGUACUCGGCCUCCUUCCUGCUGAGCGACGCCGAGGAGGCCGCCAUGCAGCGCUGCGGCUACUCCUGCAGCCCGCUCAACGUGGUGGACCUCAUCGUCGACAUCCUCUUCAUCCUCGACAUCGUCAUCAACUUCCGGACCACUUACGUGAACAGCAACGACGAGGUGGUGAGCCACCCGGUGCGGAUCGCCGUGCACUACUUUAAAGGCUGGUUCCUCAUCGACCUGGUGGCGGCCAUCCCCUUUGACCUGCUCAUCUACCGCUCCGGGGAAGAGACCACGACUCUCAUCGGCCUCCUGAAAACCGCCCGCCUCCUCCGCCUGGUGCGCGUGGCCCGCAAGCUGGACCGCUACUCCGAGUACGGCGCCGCCGUCCUCUUCCUGCUCAUGUGCACAUUCGCGCUGAUCGCCCACUGGCUGGCCUGCAUCUGGUACGCCAUCGGCAACGUGGAGCGCACCGGGCCGACCCGUAUCGGCUGGCUGGACUCGCUGGGAGAGUCGCUGGGCAAGCCUUACAACAGCAGCAUCGCCAACUCUGGGCCCUCCAUUAAGGACAAGUACGUGACGGCACUCUACUUCACCUUCAGCAGUCUGACCAGCGUGGGCUUCGGGAACGUGUCCCCCAACACCAACUCCGAGAAGAUCUUUUCCAUCUGCGUCAUGCUCAUCGGAUCACUGAUGUAUGCCAGCAUCUUUGGGAACGUCUCGGCCAUCAUCCAACGGCUGUACUCGGGCACGGCGCGGUACCACGCCCAGAUGAUGCGGGUGCGAGAGUUCAUCCGCUUCCACCAGAUCCCCAACCCGCUGCGACAGCGGCUGGAGGAGUACUUCCAGCACGCCUGGUCCUACACCAACGGCAUAGACAUGAACGCAGUGCUGAAGGGCUUCCCCGAGUGUCUGCAGGCUGACAUCUGCCUGCACCUGAACCGCACGCUACUGCAAAGCUGCAAGGCCUUCAAGGGCUCCAGCAAAGGAUGCCUGCGCGCCCUGGCCAUGCGCUUCAAGACCACCCACGCUCCCCCGGGAGACACGCUGGUCCACGCCGGCGACGUCAUCUCCGCCCUCUACUUCAUCUCGCGGGGCUCCAUCGAGAUCGUGCGUGACGACGUGGUGGUGGCCAUCCUGGGAAAGAAUGAUAUCUUUGGAGAGCCCAUCCACAUGUACACAAAGCCGGGGAAGUCCACAGCAGAUGUCAGAGCUCUGACCUACUGUGACCUUCACAAGAUCCAGAGAGAGGACGUCCAAGAUGUGCUCGACAUGUACCCUGAGUUCUCAGACGUUUUCUGGACCAACCUCGAAAUCACAUUUAAUUUGCGGGAUAGCAACAUGUCUGUGAGUUCACUAAGCAGUGAGGAGUCAGACAGCCAGAGUGCCGGUCUCAACUACCGCAGGAAAAAAUACUCCUUCCAUUGCAACAGCCGUAAAGUGUCAGUCCACAGCAGCUCAGGCGCACCUCUGCAGUCGAGAAGGAACUCCCAUCAUCGGCGCGCCUCCCACCACCUGCACGGCCCAGGAGGAGGGGAGGCCAACCCGAAGUCCAAGAGACGCGGUAAGCCUGGAUACUCCGGCCCCGGCUCCAGCAGCGAUGAGGAGGAGGAGGAGGAGGCUGAGGAGGAGUCCAUCCUGACGUUCCCGACUCAGAGUCAGUCGCCACCGCUCACCAUGAGUGACGCCGCAGAGGCUCAGAGGGAGAAGAGCAGCAACAGCUGUAACGCUCUGUCAGGGGCUCUCUCGGGUGUCUCCAACAUCUUCAGCUUCUGGGGCGAGAACCGUGAGCCCCAGUACCAGGAGGUUCCCAGCCGCAGCCUGACGGCUCCCCCUGCGCCCCCCUCCUCCAGUGCCCUGAUGCCCAGUGGCUUCACCCGCCGCCAGUGCAACGAAGUGGAGAACCGCUUGGAGAUGCUACAGAGACAGCUCAACAGGCUGGAAACUCGCAUGUCAGCUGACAUCGGGUCCAUCAUGCAGCUGCUGCAGAGGCAUAUGGCCCUGGUGCCUCCCUCCUACAGCUCAGUGUUGUCCCCAUCGCAGACCUUGCCCAGCCCUCCCACAAUGCACGACAGCAUGGAGCAGUCCGUCCCCCUGCUGGCUGCGGAGAGACAGGUAGGACAGCAUGACCUCAGUGGGGGAUCGUCUCAUUCACCUGGUAUGGGUGUGGACCUGCAGCCACAGGCGACUGGCCUUCCCCCCCUUGAAGAGAAACCAAAGAACCUGACCCUAGACCACAGCAUCUUUGGACUCAGCCCAGAGGGCGACAUGGACUUGAACAGCUUGGCUUUAACGCCGGGCCUCAACGCAGACAGCAUAACGGUAAACAUGUACAACAAUCACACGGGCAGUCAACCCCAGGACUUAGCCAAUGACUCUGAGCAUAUAGCUAUGGACUGUUACCCGUUUGGGCCCCCGGCACAUUUGGGCUCGGGGGCACGGUUGGCCGGGUCAGGCCCGUCUGGACAGCAGAGGCGUCUCUCUCUACCGGAUCAGCACCCGGUCCUGGAUGACCCCAGCACCCCCCAGAGGCACGUCUCAGACCCGGGGAACUAGGAUGUGGAGGAUGUGCUGUGCACCCCGCAAUCUUGGCAAAUCUGUGGAAACUAAAGCCAUCUACAAAGUA